GCGGUCCGAGCCGACCGGCUGCACAAACAUCCCAAAUGGGAUGGCAACUUGUACGACGCUGCCAUCAUCGUCCUGCGGAAGGGGUUUGCCAGGAGCUUCUCCACUGAGGCGUUUCCGUACCACAUCCAGGUCCCGCGCCUGGCCGAUCCCAUACUCGACGUCUAUGCCCACAGCAUCGUUUUUGCAUUUUGGACAAAUGACGGCCUCAGGACGGCGAGAUUUCAAAUUGUGAAAGGUUCGAAAUGUUCCAUAAGGCCGGGAUUGAGCGGGAGGCUGUUGUGUGCCUAUUCGCCCGAAGCUGAAGUGAUCAAAGGUCUUUCUGGUGGCCCCGUGGUCGUCUUUGGGUACAGGACGAUGUGGAACGCCACAGAGAGGCAGCAGGGUCUGGAUUUGGCGGUGGGAAUCGUGUCUUUCGAGCCUUAUGGCCCCAAGGGCUUCAUGAUUCUCACCUCGAUUGGACCACUCCGGGGCUGGAUCGAGGAGGUCGAGCGAGAUCCGGUGAGAGCAUUUGAUUAA